UCGGUGCGUCUGGCCCGCGGCAUCCUCGGUCCAUCUGGCGCAGUCCGAGUCCUGUGGGAGUCCCAGAGCUCAGGUUGGGGACCUCGGGUUCCCCGUGCGCAGCGGAGAUCGCCGCGGCGCUUAGGAGAUGCUCCAGAGCGUGGCGCGUCUGAACGCGCCAUCGAACCCAGCGCGGGCAGAGCUAGCGCCUGAGUUCGUAGCUCAACUCCGGAGGAUUGGAGACAAAUUGUCUUCUGAGUGGUGUGAACCCGACAUCACUGCGGUGCUGGUGGAGAUGUCUGGCAAGAAGGCUCGAAAGAGCGCGACGAGGAGCCCGAGCCCAACGCGGGUCCCAACAGACGUGGAAGAUGAGUGCGUUCGUCAACUCCGGAGGAUUGGAGACAAACAGAAUUUGCGGCAGAAACUUCUGAAUUUUAUUUCCAAGCUCUUCAGUUUAGUAACCUGAGUUCUUCAAAAGCUUCUUCAAGAAGGGACUCCUAGAAAGGAAGUUCCCCCAGUUGGUGCAAAUGUCUGUUAUAGGAUGGAUGGACUGUGGUGUGAUGAAGAGAGAUGAGAAACACUCACUUUCUUUUGGUUGCCUGAGCACAGAUGAUGAAUGAGAUGAAAAUGAAUUUCUUCAGGAAAGUUUCCAGAAAUCGCUCUCUUUGAGAUGUGAUAAUGUGAGGCCACAUUGAUUUUAAAAGAAGGCUGGAGGGGUCACGGUAAUAGGGAAGUGACUAGUAAUACAUCUGUCUUUUCAGAGUUGGAGUGGUGUUUCUGAGAAAGGUUGUGGUCAGAAGUCAUGCAAAGGGGCAUGGCAAAUGAUUACAUGGGGUGGGGGAUAGUUAGUUGUUCAGUGUGACUUUUCCCUUUUUGACAGCAACUCCAGAACAAUGUGUUCUAUUUCGUUUCAUCCAUAAUCUUCUAAGAGAAAACAUUUCGUUUUUGUCGACAUAGAGUGUUAUAGUGAAUGCUGAGUUCAUGGGUCACUACAAACAUUGUGUCUGUUUAGGUGACUUUUCUUUUUUUUUUUUUUUUUUUGUUAAGUUGUUUUUUUGAGACUAGAGUUCCUCUGUAUAACAAUCGUGGAUAUCCUGGAACUCUUGUAGAUAAGUCUAGCCUCUAACUCACAGAGAUCCCCAUGCCUCUGUCUCCUCAGUGCUGCUAUUAAAGGCAUGCACCACCAUGUCUGUCUAUUUAGAUGACUUUUAAUUUUGUUUCUAUAACCAUUAACUGAAUAGUAUGGAAAACUACCAAGUAACUGAAAAAAAAUCAGAAGUAUAGCAAUGUGCUUGGUGGCAGUAAAAUUUUUGCAGAUUGGAUAUUAUGUGAUAAAGAGUUAGGAUCUUAUAUAACCUGAGACAAAAACAAAAUUUAAAAAGUUGAUAUAAUUAAAACUUAGUAAAAGACUCAUAAGAAGUUCCUAAAAUUUUAGAUACCCUGCCACAAGUGUUUCCUAGGUUUUUUUGUUUUGUUUUUGUUUUGUCUUUUGAGAUAGGGUUUCUCUGUAGCCCUGGCUGUCCUAAAAACUCAUUCUGUAGACUACCCAGAGAUCUCAGAGACACCAUCACCACCACCUCCUCCCAAGCCACCACCAAUACCACCCACCCCAGCUUUAAAAGUUUGAUUUUUAAUCUGGGCUAUAAAUGUGAAACUCAAAAUACUCAAUAGCAAAUUAAUCCUGGUUAAUAAAGGCAAGAAAUUUGAAUAGACCUUCCCUGAAAGGCACAUAGUCAACAGAUACAUACAUGAUUCAGAGAAAUGUAAGUGAAAAUGACCAUGAGAUAUGCUUAUACUCUCUGAAUUGACGGUUCACAAAGGUGAAAGAUAACAAGCAUGGUAAGGACUCAAGAAGAGAAGGAAUUUCUGUUUAUCUUCCUAGUAUUGUAAGGUAGGACACCUAUUUUGUAAAACAGCAUUGAGUUUCCUUUAAAACUAAGAAAUGAAGCACCCUAACCCUAGCUGUAUACUACCACAGAGUGUAUAUGCAAAGGUGUUGAAUUUAUCUUUUGACAAAAGCCCAAGCCAACAAAUAGUAAUAAGAUGGCUGGGGGGGGGGGGUAGGGAGUGAGAAAAUGGUUGCCCCGU